AUGACUACAUAUUGGUCGGGGCUAGAUUAUGCGCACAAAUAUAUUAACCACUUAACAGAAAUUUUAACAGAUUCGGAACUUUCCUAUCAGUAUACAAGUAUACUGUAUCAAUUGCAACAUGAGCUCGGAGAAAUUGAGCAUCACAACUCUCUUCUCAUGGUUCGACACGGGGCUACAAGACAGAGAAAGGGAAUCAUUAAUGGAGUCGGCUACUUAGCGAAUACGUUAUUCGGUGUUUUGGAUGACAGAUUUUUACAGAAAUAUCAGCAAGAUAUCGAUAACAUCCAAGGCAAUCGAAAUCAUCUUACACAACUACUAAAGAACCAAACUAGCGUCAUUGAAGCCCAGAAUAAUAUACUGCACCUCAGCGCACAGAUAAUACUUUCCGGCCUAAGAAAUAUUCCAAAGGAUCUACUGGAUACAAUAAGUGACAUUUGGCAGGGACACAUGGAUUCUUACAUUCUUCCACGUGAGCAAUUACAAACGGAUAUUAGUAUCAUAUCGGGUCAUUUACCAACAGAGAUGGAAUUACCGGCUGAUAAAAACGAUAUCACGGAAUACUACAAGGUUAUGAAGAUGAACGCGAAGAUGGGCAGCAAAUAUAUGGUGAUAGAGGUUAAGCUUCCUUUACUUAGUAAAGAAUCCUUCCAAAUUGAUGAAUUGAUCAGCCUUCCUGUCAACGGAUUUAUAACAGAAAUUAAUACGCAAUAUAUCGCCUUUAAUUUACAAAAGGACUUAUUAAUUCCGUUGUCGGAUACCGACCUAAGAUCCUGUCUCCACAUCUCACGAUCCGAAUAA